AGGCAACAUCCGCACAAACCUGCCGGACAGCCAGAAAGCAACAAGCUUGACCGGACAACUGGCUCGGAGCUGCGGUGCAGAGGGAUACUCUCCAGUUUGACGGAACCGGACCAGUUUUUCUCCAAGCGGCGCCUUGGACUAAGCGGGAGGAAGGAACAUGUCGGUAUACAAAGAUGACCAAGAGGACUGGCUGACAGUGUGUCUCAAAUACCUGCUCUUUGUUUUCAACUUCCUCUUUUGGGUGGGUGGGGCAGCGGUUCUGGGCGUAGGAGUUUGGACCCUGGUGGAGAAGAGUGAUUACUUGAGCCUGCUAGCCUCCAGCACCUUCGCUGUAUCGGCCUACAUCCUCAUCUUGGCUGGCGGCCUGGUGGUGGUCACAGGCUUCCUGGGCUGCUGUGCUGUCAUCCGGGAGCAGAGAAGCUGCCUGUCCAUGUAUUUUUCCUGCCUGCUGUUAAUCUUCCUGAUUGAGCUGGUGGCUGGAGUUCUCGCCUAUGUGUAUUACCAGAGGCUGAGUGAGGAGCUGAAGCAGCAUCUGAACCAGACUAUGACUGAAAACUACGCCCAGCCAGGGAAGGAGGCCAUCACAUUGGCUGUGGACAGACUACAGCAGGAUUUCAAGUGCUGUGGCAGCAACAACUCCCGUGACUGGAUGCACAGCGUGUACAUUUCAACAGAUCAGGCGGAGCGCAGGUUGGUCCCUGACAGCUGCUGUAAGACCAUCACCCCUCACUGCGGGAUGAGAGACCACCCCUCCAACAUCUACAAAGUGGAGGGUGGCUGUAUCACCAAGCUGGAGCAGUUCCUGGCAGACCACCUAUUGGUCAUUGGUGCUGUGGGGAUAGGAGUGGCCUGUUUACAGAUCUGUGGAAUGGUGUUCACCUGCUGCUUGUACAGGAGGAUCAAGAUGGAUCCUUACUGAGCACACCAGGCCACCAACACACCACCUUCCGACAGGCUGAUGGAGGAAUGACCUGCUGAAUACUUAAUCUCAACCUUUAAAGCUUGGACUCUUACCUGCUGACCGAAACAAGUCAAGAUUACAGGCGUGUUCUGUGUCACUCAAAUUACAGUCAGAAACAAAUGAUGCAAUUUAUCAAGCAGGCUGGUUUUUUGGUUCUUCAUAUAUCAUGUGAUGCAGUUGGGUUUUUUGAUGAAUUCGACCAGGCUUUCAGAGCUCCGUUACCUGACUGUGAUGUUAGCCUGCCUGGUUGUGCUGUUAUCCUGGCUUGGAUGCAUGCAUAGCUCUGUGGGCAGGACAGCACAAAAGGAGAUCCUUGCACUCCAUUCACUUCAACUGUUGAUCAUGCAAAUCGAUUUAUCACGUUAUAUUUUCACUGUGCAGAGAUUUAUAUAACAUUGGGUUAUUCUGUGUCACUCCACGACUUGAGUAGGCAGAGCAAGGGCACUGAGUACACUGCUGAUGCUGUUCAUGAGGAAACAUAAUUUGUGGUUGCAUCUUUCUUAGCCACAAUGGUCCUCAAUAAAAACUGUGGUAAAUGGUUAUAUGGUUCAAGAAUUCCCUGCAGCAUGACAGUGCCUUGUUAAUCAUGAAGGGCCAAAUUACAUAAUCUUAAUAUUUGCAGUUAUACUAUCUGUAUUAGUGGAAAUUGCGUUGGAUGCUUAUAUGUAGAACAGCUCUUAAUAUUACCUCAAAGCUAAUUUUAAGUGUAAUUAUUAUUUUUGUGAGGACCAAUGUUUAUCCUGUAGUGGCAGAAACAAGCAAAAGUAAUGAGUUCAAACAUCAAAACAUCCUUAGACUGUGUAAUAUGUAAAGGGAAAAAAGUGAAUCUCAUCCUCUGAAACGGUUUCCAGGACUCUGAAGUCAGCUAUUGUGUUGAACAGACCUCAGAGAUGUCUGAAUUUAGCACUCCACCUUGUGGUUGACUCUGGCAACCAUAUUUUACACUUUAUUGUACCCUGCACUUUGGCCUGAUGAAGUAAACCUGAUGGGAUUCAUAUACUGUUAAAUAGUCCUUUGUCUGCGGGCAAGCAAAAACAUUGCUAAUGGUGAUGUCAGCCUGUUAAUAUUAGUUAUGUUUCGUCUUAAAUUCAUGUACAUUUCCAUACUUUGUUGAACACGCUGAUGUUUCUCUAGAAUGAAUAAGCUGACAUUUCUGAUGCCAAAGAAAAUGUACAUGUGUUGCUAAAGUUACCAUUUGUUUUCCUUUAGUUAUUCAGCAUGGAAUGAUCAGUAGCUGUGUUAACACUUCGGUGUUGACUAUUGCAUUAGUAGUGGUAUUAAAUUUUUCCCAGACUUAUGAACAUUAGUAACAAUAUUACAUAAUUUCUGGAUAUUGCUGCAUUUCCUUUUGAUUGUAGUCAGUCAGUUACAAUGCACUGUUGUGAUUGACCCAUCUGACAUUAUAUUCAUGUGGGCCCAUUUUCCUUUGGCGGAAUACUCCUCUGUCGCCCUUAGUAAAAGAACUUUACUAUUUAUAGUUGUGUAUUUUUUUCCUGAUUGCUUUACAAAUGAAGAGAGAUAUAAAGAUGGAAGGGGGGAGAAACUGGUGAUAUAUCAGUGGCAUGUGCUACAACUACUGACUGUUCUCUUCAAAAUACAGAAAUGAAACAAUGUCAUAAAUAAAUAUGUUGAGGCA